AUGCUCCAGCGGUUGUCGUUGGGGCUUCGCACGGCCGUGCGAAUGCCAAGUCGGCGCAUACCCGUUGUGGUGCCGGCUCGAGCAUAUUCCGAGGUUCCAGGUCAUGCUCAGAGAAGGGCUGAGGCAGGCGUGUCGCCGGAGUCUUCGGGCGCAGCGACAUCGAGUACGACAGAUGAACCGGUGUCGGCGCCAUCGACUCAGCCGUUGGACGGCGUACAGAAAGUGUCGCUCGACUCAGCCAUGGAGUUUACCCCCAUGCCCGAGAUCUCUGCACAGGCAAAGGAGGUUGAGCAGCCAAGCACCCGCACGUGGCAGGCAGUGGAUCGAUCGAUUCCUCAUCGCAUGCACGUCAAGGCUUCGCGGAACAAUACGAUCGUCACACUGACGAUGCCUACGGGUGAACCAUUAGCAACAGAGAGCGGUGGCACGGCAGGCUUCCGAAAAGCGCAGCGGUCUGGGUACGAGGCAGGCUACCGAGCAGCGGUGCGUAUAUUCCACCAGAUUGUUGCACACAAGAGCCAAUGGGACAUCCGGCACAUUGAAGUGCUGUGGAAUGGGUUUGGCCAGGGUCGAGAAGCCGUGUUCCGUGCUCUGCAAGCAUCGGAAGGCGAGCCAGUGCGCCACUUGAUCAAGGCGAUGACUGACAAGACGCCUAUCAAAAUUGGCGGUGUACGCCCGAAAAAGCGACGAAGUACGUAUUGCCAUGACCACCCUCUAGAGUUAACUAUGUUUGUGUGCUUGCACUUACUUACACGCGCAGUGCUCUGA